AUGCUGGAGUCGACCUGCAGGGCCUUCUUCGACCUGCAAGGAGUCCAGCUCCGUCCCGCCCUGGAUGCAGUCAUGACGACCCAUGAGGCUGGAGUGGUGGAGAGCGCACCGGAACAUGGCCCAACAUCAAGGUCAGCCACUGCGGACGAGCGUGUUAGGUCUGGAGUUAGGCAGCUCAGGUUUGCUGAUCGGGUUAGGAGGCCGCCGGAACGCGAAGCACGGACAGAGACUGACUUGGCAAGUGUAGCAGAUGAAGGCGAGGAGGCUGUAGAAGAUCCACAGCUGCCAAGUCAGGUCGAACAGGCAGAGGAGCAGUGGAGGAAGGCGGCUGAUGAUAAGCAGAUGGCCGAAGCAGAAGCCAAGAGGAGACGGGCUGAAGAGAGGCAACGGCGCAGUGAUGGCGACACCGAUCCUACCGUCUCUUUCCCGGGAACUGGAGACAUACGUGAAGCAUGGGAGCGUGGGGCACAAGCCGCUGCAAGGGAACACGUGGGAGAGGCAGGAGAGGAGCUCGCCAGCAAUGUGCGGCAGCAUAUCGAGGAGGAUAGGGGAUACGUGAAAGUUCGCUUGCCCAGCGUAAAGCGGAAGGCGGCUGAAGAGGCCCGUAGAGGGGACGUCGACGUGCGAGAAAAUUCGGGAGAGGCGAAAAAGAAGGAGGAGAGCAACGCGGGUGCAAAGGCUCAUAAGAUGGCGGAGGUAGAGGCGCACCAGAAUGCAGAGGAUGCGGCCCAUCGGUUCGUCGAUGCAGAGGCGGCACUUACGGCAGAGGACGGGGCGCCAAAGGAAGCAGAGUCUGCGGCGCAGCAGAAGGUGGGUGCAAAGGCGGUCAAGGGUGCGGAGGCAGUCGCGCGUAAAGAAGCGGGUGCAGCAGCAGAGCUGACGUCGCAGGCAGUCGAGCUGCAGGUAGUGGAGGCAGUGGCGCAGAAGGAAUCAGAGGCAACGGCGAGCCAGAAGGAUGAGGCAGCGGCGCAGCAGAAUGAUGAGGCAGACGCACAUAAGGAAUCAGCGGCAGCGGCGCAGCAGAAGGAUGAGGGUGCGGCGCCCAGGAUGGUUGAGGCAGAGGCGCAGAAGGAAUCAGAGGCAGCGGCGCAGCAGAAGGAGAAGGGUGCGGCGCCAAAGAUGGUUGAGGCAGAGGCGCAGAAGGAAUCAGAGGCAGCGGCACAGCAGAAGGAGGAGGGUGCAGCGCCGAACAUGGUUGAGGCAGAGGCGCAGAAGGAAUCAGAGGCAGCGGCGAGGCAGAAGGAUAAGGCAGCGGCGCUGCAUAUGGAGGAGGCAGACGCACAUAAGGAAGGAGAGGCUCGGAAUAAGGCAAAAGCAGCGGCGCGGCAGAAGGCGGAGGCAGAGGAGCAGAAACAGGCUGUGGAAGAGGCACUACAACUGGCUCGGGCAGAUUCGCGGAAGAAGGCUGUUGUAGAGGCGCAGCAGAAGGCGGAGGGUGAGGCGCAGAAGAUGGCAGAGGCCGAGGAGCAGAAGCAGGCUGAGGCAGACGCGCGUAGGAAGCCAGAUGGAGAGGACGGUUCAGAUGGGAAUAAAAUGAUACAGACAGAGGGACGGGAGACGGCGGGUGUUGAGGGGCACAUCAUCGCAGAGGAAGAGGGGCAGCAUGACGAGGAGGCAGCGUCGCAGGUAUUCGCAUACCGAGAGACGCAGAGCAUGGCAGAGACAGGGUGUCAAAAUACUAUGGAGGAGGUUCGUGUCGUCCCGGAGGCUGGAGUGGAGCUCUACAAGGGAGAUGCACUGGAAACAGAAGAGGAGCACAAUGAGGAGGAUACGGUACAUCCGGCAGUCCAGAUAUUUUUGGGAGGAAGUCCGACGCGCGGACCAGGAACAGGGGUAGAGGGGCCAUGGAGGGUGGCAGAUGAUGGGGCGCCUAGGGAUACAGUGGAUCUCAACAGGCAGAGGCGGCCCACCCUUCACCAGAGAGCAGUGGAGAGGAAUCUCGGCCAAGGCGAGGUGGCAGAAGCUUUUUGGCAGGUAGAGUGGGUCAAGGCAGAGACGGCAAUACGUGUUGUGUGA